UACAUUUUGUCUAAAGAUAGGAAACCAUUCAGUGUGACAAGCAUGCAAUAAUAGAGGGAGAGAAUCUGGAGGGGGGGAAUACUUUUUCACGGCACAGUAGGCGACAUGGGCAGUGAGCUAUAUUGUAUGAUGCUGGAAUGGAAAUAAUUAGAGAACCGGCAUAAACGGUCAUCGUAAUGUAAUUAUGUGCACAUGCUUCUGAAUAAACUUGGUCGCUUUUAGUAGGAAAAGUUAUAGUAGCCAAUAGGCUACCACUAGGCGCAGUAGCCUACACAUUAACUAACCAUGCAAACACAGUGACAGUACGCAGAGAACCAGUUCUUUGAAAACAUUCAAAUGUAUGUGCUAUUAGGGCUUUGCGUUACUUGUCCGCCACUGCUUGUUGCUAAAACUUGAUUCGGAGAACAGCUGUUUUCACAGAGUGCAAUCCAGGUCGAACACGCGACAGCCAUUUUUGAGCAGAUUCUGACUGGCAGUUCCUUCUGCAUCUUAUAUACAGUAUUUCGUUUUUGGAACAUUGAGGGGAACCUGUCAUCAGGAAGCAUAACUACAGGAAAACGGGGACAUGGCCUUUGUGGGCACAGCCGUGCGGAAGGCGGGCAUGUGUCGCGCCGCCCUCGGGCCCCUCUGCCGCUCUGCCUCUCGCUGCUACAGCUCCGCCCCCGAGCCCACCUCUGAGAAGAGCGUGCCCUAUGAGAAGAUCCUGAAGCAGGAGAGCGAGCUCAGCGGCCCCACAAAGCCCCUCCCCAAGUCAGCGGAGGCCGUGGUGAUUGGUGGGGGCAGCCUGGGCUGCCAGACCGUGUACCACCUGACUAAGAUGGGCAUGACCAACGUGGUGCUGCUGGAGAGAGACCGACUGACGGCGGGCACCACAUGGCACACAGCUGGGCUGCUGUGGCAGCUGAGGCCCAGCGAUGUGGAGGUGGAGCUGCUGGCCCACACCAGGCAGGUGGUCAGCGCUGACCUGGAGCAGGAGACCGGCCUGCACACAGGCUGGAUCCAGAACGGAGGCCUCUUCAUCGCUUCCAACAAGCAGAGGCUGGAUGAGUACAAGCGCCUCAUGUCGCUGGGGAAGGUGUAUGGCAUCGAGUCUCACGUCCUGUCACCUGCGGAGACCAAGGAUUUGUACCCGCUGAUGAACGUGGACGACCUUUACGGCACGCUGUACGUCCCCAAGGAUGGCACCAUGGACCCUGCUGGCACAUGCACCACGCUUACCAGGGCAGCUGCUGCCAAGGGUGCCACGGUGAUUGAGAACUGUCCAGUGACUGGAGUGCAGGUGCACACCGAUGACCUCGGGGUAAAGAGGGUGAAGGCAGUGGAGACAGAUCAUGGGACCAUUCAGACUCCGUGCAUCGUCAACUGUGCAGGUGUGUGGGCAGCAAAGCUGGGGGAGAUGGCUGGUGUCAACGUGCCUCUGAUUGCUAUGCAUCACGCUUACGUGGUGACAGAGAGGAUUCAGGGGAUUCAGAACAUGCCUAAUGUGCGGGACCAUGAUGCAUCUGUCUACCUUCGUCUCCAAGGAGAUGCCCUGUCAGUGGGUGGUUAUGAGGAAAAUCCUAUUUUCUGGGAUGAGGUGUCUGAGAAAUUUGCCUUCAGCCUGUUUGACCUGGACUGGGAUGUGUUCAUGCAGCACAUUGAGGGAGCCAUCAACCGCGUGCCUGCCCUGGAGCAGACAGGCAUAAAGUCCACUGUCUGCGGGCCAGAAUCCUUCACAGCCGACCAUAAGCCCUUAAUGGGUGAGGCCCCCGAGGUGAGGGGCUACUUCCUGGGCUGCGGCUUCAACAGCGCAGGGAUGAUGCUCGGAGGUGGCUGUGGGAAGGAGCUGGCACACUGGAUUAUUCAUGGUCGGCCAGAGAAGGACAUGUAUGGCUACGACAUAAGGAGGUUCCACCACUCGCUCACCAACAACAACCGCUGGAUCCGAGAACGCAGCCAUGAGUCCUACGCCAAGAACUACUCUGUGGUGUUCCCCUUCGAUGAGCCGCUAGCCAGUCGCAACAUGAGGAAGGACCCCAUCCACAAGUUGCUGCUGGAUCAGGGAUGUGUGUUCCAGGAGAGACAUGGCUGGGAGAGACCAGGAUGGUUCAACCCAGAUGGUCCCGCUCCUGUUCUGGACUAUGAUUACUAUGGAGCAUAUGGUCUUCCUAAAAAUGAAAACUACAAAUACAACGAUCUACUGGACAAGGAGUACACCUUUUCCUUUCCUCCACAUCACCAUGUGAUAAAGAAGGAGUGUCUGACCUGUAGGAAUGCAGUGGCUGUAUUUGACAUGUCCUACUUUGGCAAGUUCUACUUGGUUGGGCCAGACUCCAAAAAGGCAGCAGACUGGCUUUUCUCUGCAGAUGUCAACAAAGGAGUGGGCUCCACGGUCUAUACUUGCAUGCUGAACAAGAAGGGAGGAGUCGAGAGUGACCUCACAGUCAGCCGCAUUGAACCAGGCUCCACCCACUCACCUCUGACACCCAAAUUUGAAGGUGAUGGCUAUUACCUGGCAAUAGGAGGGGGUGUGGCGCAGCAGAACUGGUGCCACAUCCAGACCGUGCUGCAGAACGAGGGCCUCCGCUGCCAGCUGCUGGACCGCUCUGAGGACAUGGGCAUGGUCAGCAUCCAGGGGCCCAGGAGCCGUGAUCUGCUGCAGGAGCUGCUGGACACAGACCUGAGUAAUGAGUCCUUCCCUUUCUCUACACACAAGCUGGUGAAGGCUGCUGGACAUGAGGUGCGUGCCAUGCGUCUGUCCUUCGUGGGCGAGAUGGGCUGGGAGCUGCACGUUCCCCGGGACUCCUGUGUGCCGGUCUACCAGGCUGUCAUGGCCGCGGGUGCCAAGUACGGGAUCUGCAAUGCCGGCUACCGGGCCAUCGACUCCCUCAGCAUCGAGAAAGGGUACAGGCACUGGCAUGCAGACCUCCGGCCCGAUGACACGCCCCUGGAGGCGGGGCUGGCCUUCACCUGUAAGCUGAAGAGUUCCAUCCCGUUCCUGGGACGGGAGGCGCUGGAGGCCCAGCGGAAGCGCGGGCUGCGCAGACGCAUCGUGUGCUUCACCAUCGACGAGAAGGUACCAAUGUUUGGCCUUGAGGCGAUCUUCAGGAACGGCCAGCCCGUGGGCCAUCUGCGCCGGUCAGAAUACGGCUUUGCCAUCGACAAGACCAUCGGUUACGGCUACAUACGGAACCCUGAUGGGGGAGUGGUGAGCCCCGACUUUGUGAGGAGCGGGAAAUUCACUCUGGAGCGGAUGGGCGUGGUCUACGAGGCUACGGCUCAUCUGAAGUCUCCCUUUGACGCAGAAAACAAGCGCGUGAAGGGGAUCUACUGAGCACCAGAAAGGAUGUGGCGGGCUAGGGGCGGAGCCAAAACCAAGCCCACGUCAUCUUUACCAACUCAGGGAGGGUCUGCCGGGACUGCUUUGUGAGAUCUUGUUUUAAGUGGACGUUAUUUAGGUUUGAGCAUAAGGUGGGUUAUUGGCAACUGGUAGACAUUUCCAAUUACUUUAUCUUUUUUCACUAGAUCAAGACAACCCUCAUACAAGCCUCAGAUGGUGCAUAGGUUUCUCCAGACUUUCAGUCUAUCAUCAGAGUACAGCAUAGUCCCAUGCUCAGAGCCAGUCCUGACCUCCCUGGGGCCCUUAGCAAAAUUCUGCUAAGGGGCCCUCCUACCUGACCCGUGAGCCAUGCAAACCAUUUGCCAUUGCCACACAGUCCCACCUGACACCCCAGUGCUCCCAGUACAGUCCUCCCUCCUUUAAAACAGUUUGUCAGUCCAUCUGUCAGUCUAAGAAUAGGAAUAUUUAAUCAGUAGUCAAUGUCAAUCCAUUGCUUUCCGUCUUGCAUUAUUCUAGAGUUGUUGUUAAACCUUGACUGAGACACUAGAUAAUCAUUGUCUUGUUUUUUAAAAUUAUGUGCGCCUAUGAGGAGUGCUAUCACGCCCAUAUAUUGUCUGGACUAGACCCCACAGAGGUUGCUGCUGGAAAGCGCGAGUUUCAUUUCGUGCAUGCACAUAUGAACGCAUGUUCACGUGCGACGCGGUUAUCUUUUCUGAGCUGCAGUUUAUAAGCACAGUUGCCCCUUGGCAUUUAUCAGACGUAAUAAUUAAGCAUUAUAAAACGGGUAGCUCAGAUCAAGCAAUCUGAUUGGUUCAUAGCCGUGGUAUAUUAACCAUAUACCAUGGCUAUGACGUCUAAUUCCUUUGCACAAUUCAGUAUCACUCUGCGUCUGAGGAUAAGAAUGAGGCCCUGCCCAAGCUUAUGCAUCACAUAUGUUUUACAAAUGCCCAAAAGUACAGAGAAACAGAAAUGCAUUCUCUCAACAAGUUUUUAGAUGCUUAGGUUUUUUAAUUGUAUCUUAUCAUAAAAUGAUGACUGGUGACUGGAAUGAUAUCAUUCUAAAUAACUAGGUCAAACGCAUUCGCUGGCCCUCUUGGCACCAAGCGUCUAUGAGAUGCAACAUUGUAUGAGCACACACUGACAUGUUGGCCAUGAUUAAUUUACAGCGGUGAACAUUCUCAACGUUGUACCAACAUGGCGGCCAUGUUUUAUUUAUAAUGGUGAACCUUCUCAGGAGGGAAGCUGUGGGAAAUAUGCUCUGUGAAUCUUAGGAAUGCUGCCAUGCUUACAAAGCUGAUCGUGGGAAAUGAUCUCUUAAAUAUUCUUUAGAUAGCAUGUGCUCUCUGUGUAUGUUCUGUAAUUUUGAUCUUUCCUUCAUCUUCCAGCGUGCUGUUAAUGCACUAAAUAUGUUGGUUGCGUGAAUGUGAAAGUACGUGGCUUCCAUCAGAUGUGCAAUAGUGCUGCUUGGUCAUUAGCCAAAUAUCCGAAACAACUUUGGAUAUUGACCUUUUAAACACAAGAACGCAAGCUUGAAUUCAUUACCUGGAGACACUAAAUAAGAAAAAGUCGUCUAUUUUUGUACAUUGUAAAUUAGUGUGUGGAUAUUGCCAUGUGAUAGCAGUCCACUUCUGAGCUGAUUUCCUUGAAUAACCAGGUGGAGAUGCUGUUGGGUACAUCUGCACCUUUUACCACAUAUUUUACAUGAAUUUAGAUAACAUGAAUUUGGAGAUUGUGGAAUUAUUUUAAUUUUAACAAACUGAUAAUUUUGUAGCAAUGUCUUAUUUUAUCAGUCAAAACUAAUUUAAAAGUCUCUCAUGCUGUUUUUUUCCAUAAUGUUACUAAUCUUGCUUUUAAGGGUGAUUUUAUAAAACCUAAAGCUAUUAUAUGAAGUCAUUUUUGUGCUAGUUCUUUUGUCCCAUAUCUGUAUCAGGAUUGGUUCAGAAGGCAGCAGACCUCAUAUUAAUCUGUUUGUUUUGGUGCAUGCUAGCUCGUGAGGGCAAAGGAAGUAGUUCUAGUUACUGCAAAAGUGUUUGCAAUAUGUUUGUGCUGGAGGCCAGCCAUUUUAAAGGUGAUAUGCCACUAUGAGUGCCAAGAUCACUGUUUUAUCUAAGAGGACAUAAAGCAGUUUCUAAAUGCUUCUCCUCUUAACAAAUAAGUCAGUAUGAGCCCAUAGACAUUAGUACAAAUCCGUAAAGAAACAUAAUUUCACAGAUAAAUUACUAAUAUAUAAUUUAUCAGAAUGGUUUCUCAGCUUGUUGUGUUCCGACACUUUUUACUUUCAAUGUUAAAAUAUUAUUCAAGGCUAGAUUUGAGCUUAUGAUGGAUGUUUGUGACUUAGUUCUAUUACAUUUAGAAAAUGUUAAUGAGACAUCUGGUACAGAGGUAUUCAAUACUAUUCUUCAAUACAAUACAAUUCAAUACUAUUAAAUUAGAUCAUGGCUCACUGCUAUUGGGAAUGGGGUGAUUGUGUUUAAAAUUGCAAAGGCAUAUUCAUUGAAAGAGGAGAUCAAAGUUGAGCCUGUGUGCUUCCUAUGCCAUUGCCAGUGGUUCUGAGUUUGUUAUAUUUGAGUGAGAUUUGAGUCUUAAUCCAUAGUUGUAAACCAUAUUUUACUACAUAUUUGGAACCCCAGUUUGAAAUGUGUUUAAAAACUGCAUUUGGUAUUAUUGGAAGCAAAUCAGGUGACUUUUUGUAUAAAUUACUGUUGUAAAGCAUACAAUGCAUGACAAUGCAAGCUUAAUUAGCUUUUCCGUUGCAAUGAGACAUAAGCGUCUCCCCAUUUAAAGUCUUAACUGUUAAAUUGCCAUAUUUACAGCUUGUGGGAAAUAAAUGCUUUUGAUUGGA